AUGUGCAACAUCUUCUUGCUUGACCAGUUUGCACUCCUUUCGGAUUCUGUAGCACCACAACUGUGCCAGCGAACCGUGAGAGGAACAACGCCGCAUAAAGCCUUCUAUCCUGAUACGCAUCGAAGCCGAUGCUCUCGAUCUAGCUUCCUGGCCUGGCGACCAAAUACUGCACUACUGCACCGCGACAUGAUGGGCCACUCCGAAGAGAGAGACAAGAGAAGCACAGUGAUCUGGAAAGAUUUCGCCUUGAGUCUGGGGAGGAAGUCUGCUACAGCAUCGCUCGCCAAGUUCGUAGAGCUCUUGUACCACGACCUAGUCUCGCCUCGUCAGACCGUCCCACUCUGCGCGGGAGAGUAUGUCAAAAGCGAGAGCAAGAUCCGCCAGGCGAUGGCGCAAUGGACGAUGCGCCCUAACAAGCUAGGUAAUUGGAUCCAUCCUACGCAUAUGCGCACAAGGUGGCCCUUCAUGGCUAACUUCGCGGAAAUGGUCGUCCAGAAAUGGUCGGAAAGGCGUGAGAAUGUAGCUGUGAAGAUUUGUUGUCACCAGACAUGCCAUUCGAAACGAGAGGUCCGUUCUUCGAACGAUCCUUUGCUAACUGGGCACCGCCCCUUCAGACCCUCUGCAAUGUUUGUGGAUCCUUCGCAUCGAGGAGCAUUUGGUCACGUCUUCAACGACUUGACUGCUGAUUCAGAAGGAGGCAUAACGAGAACGAGGGCCUUGCCAUGGUAUUUGUCGAUAAUGAUGAUGCGUGAAUAUGAUGGUCUAUUCUCCUAUCACUUCCUCUUCCUGCCUGCUAUAUCCUACUGA